CCUCUCGCGACUCAUACAUUUGCUUGUGAUCACUUUCUCAAAGAGCGACUCGAAAGCUCACUAGGCGCAUGCCUCGUUGCUCUUCAAAUCCGGCUCUUGCUGGCAGCCAAUCCUCCAUCUCACAAACAUGUCGGCCAAACCUGUCAUCGGUCUGCUCGGAGGUGGCCAGCUUGGCCGCAUGCUCUGCGAAGCGGCCAACAUCCUAGACUUUUCUGUCGCAAUCCUCGACGAGGAAAAGUGCCCCGCCAAGCAGGUGCACCAGAACGACCUGCACAUCACCGGCUCGUUCAAGGACCCGGAGAAGAUCAAGCAGCUGGCUGCUCGUUGCGAUGUCCUCACCGUCGAGAUUGAGCACGUCGAGACCACCAUCCUCGAAGAGAUUGCGACCAAGGGCGUGGAGGUCCCCUCACCAGAUGGCAACGGCACAGUCCUGAAGAAGGUGCCCGUUCACCCAUCCUGGAAGACAAUUCGCCUUAUUCAGGACAAGUACCAGCAGAAGGAAUACUUUGCCAAGCAGGGCAUCCCUGUCGCUGAGCAGGUCGCCAUCGCCGAGGGCAGCGAGCGGCUCUCCUCGCUCCGUGCCGCCGGUGACAAGUUCGGCUACCCGUUCAUGCUCAAGGGCGCCAAGGGUUCCUACGAUGGCCGUGGCAACUACAAGAUUGACGGCCCAUCCGAUCUCGAGACGGCUUCGAGCCAGAUGGGUGAUCAGCCACUGUACGCCGAGAAGUGGGUGCCCUUCGAGAUGGAGCUUGCAGUCAUGGUCAUGCGCACUGAGGACAGCGAGGGCAACUUCAAGGCCGUCCAUCCUUACCCUGUCAUCGAGACCAUCCACGAGGACAGCAUCUGCACCAAGGUCCUCUACCCACCGAGAAAGGUGUCCGAUGAAAUCAAGAAGCAGGCUCAGAAGAUUGCCUCCGACGUCAUCGCCAGCCUCUGGGGUCGCGGUGUCUUUGCGGUGGAAAUGUUCCUGACCAAAGACGGCCGCAUCCUGGUUAACGAGGUUGCGCCACGACCUCACAACUCAGGCCACUACACAAUCGAGGCGGUUCCGCAGAUGUCCCAGUUCAAGGCACAGAUCUACUCGAUCCUGGAUCUUGUGCCACGCAAAGGUAUCAGCCUGAGCCCGCGAGUGUCAUCUGCAAUCAUGCUCAACAUCCUUGGCGGCGCCAAGGAGGACUCCCACGACAGAUUUGUCAAGCUUGCCGAGGGCAGUUCCGACGCGUUCACAGAUGUCUAUGUCCACCUGUACGGCAAGGCUUCCAAACCGGGCCGCAAGAUCGGACACAUCACAGCGACAGGUUUCUCGUCGGUCGACCAGCUGGCCAGCACGGUCAGCCCACUCAUCAAGUGCAUGGACGAGAUCAGGUUAGAGCGGAUAGGCUCUUCCGCCAAGGCGACACCGGCAGCCACACCAAAGGUGCUGCCGUUGGUGGCCAUGACCAUGGGCUCGGACUCCGACCUUGCCGUGAUGAGUGCCGGCCUCAAGAUCCUCGACGAGUUCUCCGUGCCCUACGUGGUCCGCAUCACAUCCGCCCACCGGACGCCACACCUGAUGAUGAAGUUCGCGGCCGAGAUGUCUGCAUCGACAUGCAAGGUCAUCAUCGCUGGCGCAGGUGGCGCAGCGCACCUUCCGGGCAUGCUCGCCUCGGAGACACACCUGCCCGUCAUCGGCGUGCCCAUCAAGGCCUCGGUUCUCGACGGCGUGGACAGUCUCUACAGCAUUGUGCAGAUGCCACGGGGCAUUCCCUGCGCGACCAUGGGCAUUGGGAACUCGACCAACGCCGCCUUGCUCGCGAUUCGCAUACUCGGCAACACUUAUCCCGAGUAUGCGGAGCGGAUGAAGGAGUACCAGGCAAAGAUGGCGGCCGAGGUGUACGCCAAGGACGAGAAACUGGGCGAGGUCGGAUUCCAGCAGUAUCUUGCGGGCAUGCAGAAGAAGUAAGGCUCUGCGUAAAAUGACGAACGCUUUGGUUCAAAGGUCCACAAUGCUCGAGAUCUAAAGGCACAUAAACUGAGGUGGUUAUCGGGAAGGCUUCGUGCAAGGGUCGGCGAACCUAAGGAGCGAGGUUUUGGUGGCAGGAUUAUUCGAGUACACCUGAAAAAGACACUACUUUCUAGCCCUAUGAA